AUGAACGUGCUAGAAGUGAAAGACCUUGGGCUAGUGACGAAGUUUCUUGGCAUGGGAGUAACGUACGACGACAAGAAUGGGUAUGCACUUGAGCAAAAACAGUGCAUUCGAGAGCUACUUGCCACAAGUGGACUUGACCUGGCAAACCCAACACGAACCCCUACUGGAGAAGAUCCAGACGGUGAGGGUGAAGGCGAUACACUAAUUGGAAUGAGCGGUGGAACAGCAAAGUAA